CCAGUCGCAACGUUUGUCUUCGACGGUUUUCUUGAAAUACCAGUGGAGAACACUGCGGACAUGGAUCAGUCUCCCCUGCGGCUGGAACUUUCGCAUUCUGUACCCCGUAUUCUCUUUGAACCGCUGACCUCCAAACCCCGUUCCAGAUUAUUCGUAAUGCUCCCUCAAUAAAAAGUGGCUCUAUCGAUACUUAUCCCAAACUUCCCCAUUUUGUAUUCCCUAACAGGUAUAUCACGCAAAGCAAGUACUAUGGCAAGCGCUGUUCAAGCUGAAGCAAAGGAGCCCGAUCUCAGAAGCGGCCAUCAGCCGGUCGAGCCAAACGCCGACAUAGCGAUUGAUACCAGCGAUGACGAUAUAGAAUCGUUCGAUUCAGACACCAGCACAAGCAUAGCUUCUUCUGUAUUCAAUUAUAAAUACGAGAAUGGACGCCGUUAUCACGCCUAUCGAGCCGGUGAAUACCUUCUUCCGAACGAUGAGAAGGAGCAAGACCGUUUAGAUCUUUUGCAUCACAUCUUCCGCAUGACUCUCGGCGGUGAAUUAUAUCGCGCGCCUCUCCCGUCGAACCCACAGCGAAUCCUCGACUUUGGAACUGGAACAGGAAUAUGGGCGAUCGAUAUUGCUGACGAAUUUCCGAGUAGCGAGGUCAUUGGCACUGAUCUGAGCCCAAUUCAACCGACGUGGAUCCCGCCCAACUGCAAAUUCUACGUGGACGAUGUCGAGAGCGAGUGGCCCUAUCAACCGGGAGAGGAAUUCGAUUUUAUCCAUGGACGUGGGAUGGGAGGUAGCAUUGCAAACUGGGACCAGCUGUACGAACGGGCGUACCAACACUUAAAACCCGGAGGCUGGAUUGAAAUGCAAGAAUAUGAGACAGACGUGCAUUCCGACGACAACAGCUUAGACAACGCACGUUUGAUCAAAAAGUUUCAGCGCGUGGGAGACGAAGCCAGUGCAAAAUUCGGGAAGCAGUUUAAUGUGGCAGGAACACACAAACAGAGAUUGAUCGAUGCCGGGUUUGUCAAUGUUAAGGAUGAUGUUUACAAGAUUCCCAUUGGAUCUUGGCCCAAGGACCCGAAAAUGAAAAAGCUUGGAUGCUAUCAAUUAGUACAAGUUCUUUCUUCCCUGGAACCAUUCAUGAUGGCCCUCUAUACCAGGGUGAUGGGGUAUACUGUGGAAGAAACCGAAGUACUGAUUGCUGGGGUCCGCGCAGAGUUCAAAGACCCGAAAAACCACCUCUAUAGCCAGUUCCAUUUCAUUCACGGGCAAAAGCCCAUGGAGUCCUAAGG